UUUCAUAAUAUUUUUAUAUUCUCCCUUACUACAACACUAUUGCUUUUCUCUCCUUUCCUACGAAAAAGAUAUAAUAAUGUUUUCAUUUUCAUACAAAUCUUUUUUACAAAAAAGAUUGAAAUCUUCUUCUUAUAAACGUCUCUUCUUCUCUCUUUCAUCACUGCAAGAAACUUAAAUCACAACUCUCUCUUCUCUCUCCCUUACUCUCUCUCUCAUUUUAAUGGCGACCCAAGACUCUCAAGGGAUAAAACUCUUCGGCAAAACCAUAACAUUCAGCGCCAACAUCACACAGACGAUAAAAAAAGAAGAGCAGCAGCAACAAGUACAGCCAGAGACACAACCUACAACCUCCGUUAGAUCAUCUUCAUCGGAUCUGACGGCUGAGAAGCGUCCAGACAAGAUCAUCCCAUGUCCGAGAUGUAAGAGCAUGGAGACUAAGUUCUGUUACUUCAAUAACUACAACGUUAACCAACCAAGACACUUCUGCAAAGGCUGUCAGCGUUACUGGACCGCCGGUGGAGCUCUCCGGAAUGUUCCUGUCGGAGCGGGUCGUCGGAAAUCCAAACCUCCCGGACGUGUCGGUGGAUUCGCCGAGUUGCUAGGAGCUGCGACUGGAGCUGUUGAUCAGGCUGAGCUAGACGCUUUGCUUGUGGAAGAGUGGAGAGCCGCCACGGCGUCACACGGUGGUUUCCGGCAUGAUUAUCCGGUGAAGAGACUCCGUUGUUACACGGAUGGUCAAUCUUGUUAACUAUUUUUUACAUUUUUAUUUGUCUUGUUUUCGGGUUCGGGUUUGGGUGGUUUUUUCUAUAUUUAACCCGUAAAAGGAAAGAACGUGGUUAAAUUUGCUUUGCUUUUGAUUUACUGGAUACGUAGUACGUACAGGCUAGCAAUUAAAACUAACUAGUUAAAUUAAAUUAAUUAGUAGGUUUUUUUAAUACUUGCUUCUCUACUAAACAGCUGUCGCUUUUUUUAUU